AAAAGUUUGUCAAGACUUCCAAGCAAGGCCGUCCACUCUCGCCUACUUGUUUAGGCUAAGCACAUUGCUGAUGUACAACUAGGGAGGGCUAUGCUAGAAGAAGCUGACCCUUCCCAGGUAGUUGGAAACACCCUCCAUGGAGAUGGCACUACUAAAUAUCAUUGGCAUUACCAAGAUUUUGAAAUAACAACUCCCUCUUGUCAGACAUACUCAAUGGGCCUUCUUGAGUUGGGAAAGUCAGACACAGAAGCCAUGAUGGAUUCAUUUAAGUCCAGAGUUAAGGAAAUUGCACAAGCAUUGCACAGUGGUGAGAAUGUAACAAUUGAAGAUAAAGUUGCAGAGUUGGUGACAUCCAUUAAGAACACCACGUCCAAUCAAGGACCAACUAAUGCCACUUUUAAUGAACAACUGACAGAAUUGCAAAAGGCAUUACUCCCAAAGGUGGUGGAGAAAUGGGAAGACCUUAGUGAAAAUUCGAAGAAAUCCCUUGAGGAAAUGGGAAACUUUUAUUGCAAACUGCAUUUACUUGUAAAUCUGGGUGAAGAAGCAAACAAAGCCUUAAAAUUGUUUGAACAUGCUGCAACAGAAGGCAGAAAUCCAUUGGCAUUUCUUUCUUCAAAUGAGUCUGGUUCCUGUAGGCUAACAAGAACAGCAUGUGAAGCUUUUCAUUCCCGUGGUAGCCAGACCGCUGGAGUGUCAGAGUAUUUUGAUGUGCAUCUCUCUGAAAAUGGUGUGGAAAGCAAAUUGGUUGAAUUCAUCGGGAAUCGCUUCAACAUAAUAUUUUACAACUCUGCUGCUGUUUUCUACUAUAAAAGCCAUAUUCAAGAUUUCCUUUUUAAAUGGCCUUCACCAAAUCACUUACUUCAGCUUGUGGCUAAAGACAUUGUAGAACAUGUCUACUUGGCAGGAGUUAGAGCCCUAGGAAUUCUGGAUAAAAUUGUCACUGGCCCCUUUUUAGAUUAACUGAGAAAGCAACGUCUGUUCUUGAACUGAAUCCCCAUUUGAGGCAAAUGCAGGAGUGCUUCGAACAAUGGAGCAUGGAUGCAUCCCCACUACUGGAAGGAGCAACUCUGUUUGAUGAAGAGAUCAUUCCUAUCCACCAAGAUGACAUAUU